AUGAUGAUCCGCUACGUGCUGUGUAUCCUCGCUCUCCUGCUCACAUGUGCGUGUGUGCACGUUCUCGCUGAAGAAGUGCCUGCCGCCGAUCUUUCCCAUCAAGUCCCUGAUACGGAGAGUGAGACAAAGAUUCUUCUUACUUGUACUGACGGUGAAAGACGAUCUGAAGACAAUACUAAAUGUGUGCCAGAUGAAACGAGACCUGUUGUGAAUCCUGGUCUUGAUGGUGGUCGUUUUACCUGUCCUGCUGGUCAAACUGUUUCUACUGAAAAUGGUAAGACUUGUGUUACCACUUUACAAAGGGAACCAGCUCAUGUUGGUACUUCGAAGUGCCCUGCUAAUCCCAAAGGUACUGAGCGAGAGAAACAAACCUGCGCAGCACAAGUCUUGGCGGAGUCAACUAGAGAAGGUGUUGAAGGGCCAGAAAGAGAUGCAAAAGGUCAACCUGGUCUCCCUCCUGCUAGUGAUGAUCCUCCUCCUACAUCUGUACCUUCUUCAUCUGUUGAAGCUAGUAAUGUUGUGAGUGGAGAUGCGGGUCAAGCUGAAAGCAGCGACAAGGCAGCAGGUGGAACUCCACCAAAAGAGGAGAGUGCAGGAGAACAGCCUACCACUACUUCGCCGUCUAACAGUACAGAUACAGGGAGUGCUACUGGUACUGAUACUCCAACAGCCGAGAGCGGAAGUAACCCUGAAGAAAGUGAAUCACCAAGUAACCAAGGUGUUGCAGAUAAUACAGAAACCACCACCACCACCACUACCACAACAACAACAACCACAACAACACUUCCUCCUGAACUCACAAACAACAAGAAGGGUGAUGCAGACAGCAGCAGCAGUAUCAGCAGUUCUGUGUGGGUGCGUGUACCACUACUGAUUGUGGUUACACUGGCCUGUAUUCUUGUGUGCUGA